GAUAUCCUAAUACUCCUAGCACAAAUGGUCUUGAAUGAUUUCUUUCCAUUAUUCAAAUAUAUACUUUUUAUCUGUAUAGCCUGUAGAAUUUGUGGUACAUGUAAACCUAAAGAAAUCACCGAUCUGAGGGGAAUUAGAAUUCACGCUCAUUACAUGAAGUUGGAGAUGGGUGACGAGGAGAAGAAAAAGUUAAGAUAUGCUGUAGACAUCGUCUCGAGAAAAAUAUCAUCCAUCCUCAAAGUUAUACCCACAGAAGGGCCUUUACUGUUGAAAAGAAAGGGAGGAUGUUUUAAACAGUGGACACAUGGCAGAAACAUGAAUAAAUGCAGAUUUUAUGACAGAAAAUAUCCUGCCAUUGGAGAACUAUGUUCCAAUGAAAUUGAGAUUCCCAGUGAACACCUGUCUGAGCUGUCUGUAUGGGGAGAGACAAAGGAGGAGCCCCUUAAUGUGAGGUAUCCUGCAGGGGAAGGGUUGAAAGACACAGAUUUUGUGGUGUAUGUCCAGGCAGUCAGCUCCAGUUCCUGUGUAGAGGAUGUCUCUCAUUUGGCUCAUGCCACAUAUUGCUACCAAGACAACAGAGGAAGACCUGUAGCUGGAUACAUCAACAUUUGUCCUCAGAAGGUGUCCAGCCUCACAAUUGACAGGAUCAAAAUGGUGUUACUCCAUGAAUUGCUACAUACACUGGGAUUCACCAAACGCCUCUUUGAAGAUUUCAGACAAUGUUCUUUAAAAGAUGAGCUGUCAGGUUUAUGUAACAACUCAGAUAUCAGAAAUAACCCAGUGCAGACAGUGAAUGGGGUCUUGCGUCUCCUCACACCAGCUGUAGAAAGAGAAGCCAUCAGACAUUUUAACUGUCAAGAAGACAAGUUUGGACCAGCUUUGCAGGAAGAGAGAGGAAUUCUUUCUCACUGGGACAGUUACCAGAUGUAUGGAUCUAUUAUGACUCCCAGUCCAGGACCACCACAAUUGACUUUUCUUGAUCGCAUGACGUUAGCUGUUUUUGAGGACAGUGGAUGGUAUGGAGUUAAUUACAGCCAAGCGGAUGAUUAUCAGUGGGGCAAAGGUGAGGGGUGCAAACUUUCAUCAUCAUCCAACCACAUGUGUAUUCAAGGAGAAUAUGGUUGUCAUUUUCUCCACAAGGACAAAGCCAUUUGUAAAUCUCCAAGUACAAAGGGAGGCAACUCUGUCUUUAUCCCACAACCAGGGCUGGAGUGCUCUAAAGGAUACAACUCUACUACAUCUGAUUUUGAAAUACUUUCAAGCCAGAGUCGAUGUUUCAGAUCCAAUCUUACAGCACAGAAUAUAUCUAUGGAAAUGACAGGACAAUGUUAUCACCAUCGAUGUGUUAAUGGUAUGUUAAAUGUUAAACUGAAGAGCACAGGAUGGAUGACUUGUCCGUAUGGAAAGUUUAUUAAGGUGGAAAAUCUUACAGGUGUGAUUUUAUGUCCAUCUAGAAAGGACAUAAUAUGCCCAGAUCACAGAAGCUUCAAUAGUUUGUCAACCUCAACAGUUUUGUAUGACAUAAAAAAGACAACAGAAUUGGAUUUUCAUUCAUCUGCUUCCUGCUUAAAAAGACCUUAUUUAUUGAACCUUAUUUCAAUCUUUUGUUGUUUUUUUUUGUUUUGUUUUGUUUUUUUUCAUUUUAAAGUACUUGUAACUUUCCUCUGUUAGGAUAUGUACAUAUAUAUUUUAUAUCAUAUUUCAUUUAUGUUAUGCUGUCUGGGUUUUCAUUAACAUGUACAAGCUGUUUACAGUGAUGUGGCAAAGAAAACUAUCAUACUUUU